AUGGCAAGAGCAGCACUGCAUUUGCUCCCACUUUCUAGCCUCCUGGUUCUAUUGUUCAUGCCUAACCCAUCGCUUGCAAAGUUGGGGCCCCCAUGCCUCUCUCAAUUUGCACUAGCUAAUCGAGCUUGCAUUGCUUUGCCAGUGGUGGAGGGCUCGGGGGGUCCGAACCAUGUGAAACUGCGUGAGGAAGAUGAUCAUCAUGGGCACGAGCACGGCCAUGGGAAUGAGCACAAGCAUGGGCAUGAGCACGAGCACGAGCAUGGCCAUGGCCUUGGGGAUGAGAACGAGCAUGGGCAUGGGCAUGGGCAUGAACACAGGCAUGGGCAUGGACAUGGGCAUGGACAUGGAGAAGAGCCGCAAGUAAACAAGAAUUGUUGUCGGUGGCUGGCUGAGGUGGACGAAGCAUGUGUGUGUGAAGCUUUGCUCCGCAUGCCUCCAUUCCUCGUCAAAGCCAAGCACACUUAUAUCAUAAAGGUCGGUAAGACUUGUAAACAUGAGUACAACUGUGGAGGGAUUUAG